GCUGACUGUGCAGGUUCCAGCCAGGAAGCCACAGAGUGAAAGUGAAAAGGCGACAGACGAGCGGCCUCCUCCUCUUCCGAAUGUCUCCGCUGAGGAUCGGCAUCCUGGUGGUUCUUGCUUCCCUCAGCCAGGCUCUAGGUCAAGAACUCCUGCAGCCGCCUCGCAAUCUCACGCUUGCAUCGAAGGAUUUCGAUCUGUUCUUGCUGUGGCUGCCAGCUGACGGGUACCCUCCCAAAGUCUCCUACGCUGUCCAAUGGAUAGACCCUUUUGGUAUGUCGUGGAAGGACGUCUCGCAUUGCACAGAUAUCUUUGAAACAGUCUGCAACUUAACUUGCGUCUCUCCAGAAAUAAACAACAGACACCGGGUCCGAGUGAAAGCUCAGAUGAGCACCAGCACUGGAAUCAUCUCGUCAACAUGGGUGCAACUGAGGGACAUCGAAUACACUGUUCAGGUGGAACUCGCUCCCCCAAUUCUACAAGUAGAAAAGAUUGAAAACAGCCUCCUAGUGAACACUGCUUUCUCCUACCCAUCCUGCGUGAAGGACGUCUUCCAACACCUAACCUACGACUUGGAGAUUUGGGCAGUUGGAACAAAGUUCAGAAUGACAUUCCACGACAAGGUGGAGAAGACGCUGGACAUUAACGUCACAGAGCUAAGCAGCGGCAAGUACUGUCUCCACGCCCGGGCCUCCUUCCCCACAAACAAGAAACGGAGCAACUUCUCUGAGCCCGUUUGCACAUUCUUGCAUGGAAAAGCAGAAAACUGGCAACUUCUUGCCCUUCCGUUUCUUCUCAUGUUGUCUGCCGGUGCCUUUAUUGUCUUCUUGUGGUACAAGAACAUGGUGAAGCGAGCCAAGACGCCUCAAACUUUGGAUUUUUCUAGGUACCAAGGUCCAAAGAAGCUGCUGGAAUUUGGUGAAAGGGAAGUGAUCAAGGUGGAUGCUUUGACGUGCACAGCAGUGCGUUUCGUAUCAGGAAAGAGGAGCCAGUCCGGACCCCAAAUAUACUCCACAUUCUCUCCUGUGCAUUCGCUGUCGGAAGAAGAUGAAGAUGAGGAGGAGGACGACAGUGGGAGACCUACAACUUACACCGCAAGGAAAGACAUGCACCAUCAUCUAAUAGCACCUGGGCCCUUCGUUUUGGCUGAGUGCAUGGUUGGGGAGGAUGCUUCUGGGUUCCCAGACAGUAAGAGGAGCUCAUUUUCUGAGGUUUCUUCUGUGGAAGAAUCGCCUGGGUUUCCAACCAAUGAUCCAGCUGCUGGAGCAGGACAGGAAGACAUGAGUGCGGAUAUAGACAUUUUGCUUCAGCUGCCCCUACCGGACUGUAACUUUCCCACUGUGAUGCAGCGCAUGGCUGCAGGAGGCCAUCCUGAAGCCAACCAUGGAAGCUUACAAGGCUCAGAGAUUGCUCGAUUUGGGAUACAAGACAAACAGGACUUCUCUGAAUUUCUUAUUGAGGAGCAGUUUAUAGAUGAGAGAGGAUCUGAAAAUGACUCUAGUAGUUGUGGAAGACAUAUGGUAGAAAUCCCACUUUUGAAUGUGUCUUUUGGGGACUUGGAAAAUGGGGUACCAGGAGGAAACAGAGACUUGGAACUAGACAAUAUUCUGGAACCCGAGUUCUGUGAGUCUCAGCCUAGGCACACAGAUUAUAUUUCAAGGUGCUGACUUGGAGGCUGGGUAUCCUCUUAAAACUGAUGAGCGGGAUUUUCCUAGAAAUCUCGAGGUCAAGGUUGUGUGUUUUGCACUAAAAAAAAAUCCUGGGGGAAUCACAAAUCCUGUGCCCAAAACAUGAUGUUCUAGCUAGACUUCUAAAAAAAGUUUUUUUCACUCAGAGCUGUUGACAUAUGACAAUAAGAAGAUGGGACAGGAAGUGCAGUUGAAUUCUACUUCCCACAUUUUUCUGCCAUGUCCAAAGGCAAUGUCUUGUGAAAGAGAAAUGUGUGGGGAAAGGAGCACAAUACACUCAUGCUUCCUAUGUGCUCCGCUUAUCAUUAUAACCCAAACAGCUCUCAUUGCAGACUUUGCAUUGGAAAUGGGAAUUUCCCUCCCAUGUGCACUUGACUCGAGUCCAUCCAGCAGCCAGCAGCUAAUCCCAAUGUAAAUUGGCUCAGAUUGAGGGCGUCCAUUUAUAUGGCAGCUGCAAGGAUGAGAAAAUUAAUAUGGCAGAGUAGGUGGGUAAUUGAGGAAGAAAUCCCUAGUGUAGGCAAAGAGAAGGCAUCAAACGGGUUUGUAGGCACAGCAAAGCAGUCCUGACAAACCACUGAACAGAGAAGGGGAGUUCUCAGUUGUAGGUCACUGAACACAUAACGUGAGUUGUGUUUCCUGUUGAAGGAACUUAACAUUACCUAACAAGCCCCCAUCCCACCCAGCCCAUCAAGAGAUGAGUCCGGGAACCAAUCCAGGCCCAUGCAUGAACAAGCUGUGGCAGGUAGAGAGGUGCUGCAACUCCUCAAGAAUGGCUCAGUAUUAAAAGGAGUUUCUCUUUGGACCGAAAGUACUCCGCUUUGGGACCCAUCAGCGUCAAAACCUAAUGGCAGUGUAAUCGAGGCGUUGGCUAGUGAACCAUAAAUGGAGGGUUUGAAGGGCUUCAUCUAAGACCGUACAGUAUUUAAAUUCCUGCUGUUGAAUGUUCUACAGUAAUUAACAUGU